AUGUUGACGGCUUAUUUUUUUUUCACCCACCAGAGGACUGGUGAAUACCAGAUCAAGGACAAAGCAAGGACUGGUGAAUACCAGAUCAAGGACAAAGCAAGGACUGGUGAAAACCAGAUCAAGGACAAAGCACCAAAGAGGGCAGCGACAAAGAGGGCAGCAAAGGAAUUCAGUGAUGCUCUAACUGCUUCUUUGAAUCAAGCACAUGAAGCAGGCAAUGACAUGGCAGAAGAGGGGAGAAAACACCCAAGAGAGGAGAGCGAUGAUGAUGAGAAUGACGAGGCUGAGGAUCAGAUGACCUCAAAGUCCAAGACCAAGCACAGGAAGACAAACAAGGACAAAACCAUCCCAGAAGGCAGCAAGGCAAGCAUUGCAUAUCUAAAUGAUGGGUUGACUCACAGAUUCACACAGGAACAGGAGUCCCGUGUGAAUGUGACAAUCAAGACUGUGACAAAGACCAAAAAGACCAAAAGCAAAGAUCUGGAGCCCGCCAUCAAAGUGGUGAAGAAGUCUCCAUUUCAAAUGACAAUUGACAACAUACAGGCAGAGAUCAAUGAAGCGACCCCAGGCUUUGCCAUGAUAAAUGUCAUGGACGAUAAUGAUUUUAAUUGGGGACCUCUAAUGGAAACGCAAAAGAUCAACACUCAAACCGUCGAUUGGACGUUUGUGAAGCAAUUGGUAGUGGAUACCAAGAAGCACGGACUUCUGAACCGACACACCGAACAUGCGAUCAUCAUAGGAGUAAGGCAGUCAUUGAUUGUGCCUUCUUCCUUGGAGCACCUUCGACUAGGGCAAUACAUCAAUAAUGUCGAAUGGACAGAGGAAGGCCGAGCACUUGAAGUGGUACUCAAGGAGAGCGAGAAGCAGGUGAAGGAGCAUGGAAAUCUAAUUGACAAGUCAAAGCAGCGUACUCUCAUCAUGGACACUCUGGCCAGCAAUAUGCCACUAAUCACCAAAGCCGACUCAGCGGAUGAAAGGCUGGUGCAAGCAUUCAUGAUACUCAACAUGAGUCCAGCUAAAGAACGCUCAAAGUACAUCAAACAAGUCACGCAGUCAAUGGGUCUGGACUCCAAGACAACCGCGCUGACUCAAAUCCUAUCAGAUGAAGAACUAUGCCAAGUGGCCAUGAAUUUUAUGGUCAUGCAUCACUUCAGAUCGUCAAGGGUGGGCACUGGAUCGGGCACUGCCAGUGGAUACUGGAUUGAGCCAUCAUCAAUUGAGCUCCUGUGGCUCAAUCCGGCGCCCGACCUUGACGAUCUGAAGUGA